GUCACUGCCCAUGCUUCGCCAUGGCCAACCAUGGCGUCGUUGGGCUCCGAUCACGGCGGCCGCCCUGCUAUGGCGAGGUUUGGCUCCUGCAUUUUGUGGACGACCCGGACUCGCACGGCCCCGACUGGGUCAAGCGUUCCAAGCACUGCCGGUCACUUCCAGCUUUCAGGACUUGCCUUUGUCAGAGGAAGCUCAGGUGGCUAUCAAAGACUUGGGCUACACCAGCCUGACAGAUGUUCAGCAGCAGACCUUCCGACCCAUCUCUGAGGGAAAGGAUCUGGUGGUUCGAGCCAAGACAGGAGCUGGAAAGACGAUGAGUUUUCUUCUUCCCAGCAUGGAUCGUUUGCAAAACUCCAAGAAGUCCGGGAUCCAAAUCCUGGUCCUGAGCCCUGUGCGAGAGCUCUCCAUGCAGAUUCACCGUGAGGCCUCCAAGUUGGCACAGCGUUUUCCAACGGUGGAGCCCGGGGCCAGUCGGGCCAGGGGCGUGAUGGUGACCUGGUGGGCGGGCGAGAUCAACCCGUGGUUCGAACUGGGAGGAGGCAGGGGUGACGAGUUUCGAGUUUCGAUGCUCCCAAAGUGGCUGAAGUAUGCUGAACUUGAGAAGCUUCCAGGUCGCCUGCAAACGCAUUUGGCCAAAACUCCAGCCUUUGCGAAUCGCUUGGCUGAAGUGCAGACGCUGAUCCUCGACGAGGUCGAUCAGCUCUGUGGCGAACUCUUUGCCGAGGCAACAGCCUGCAUCCUGGAUGCCGUGCCGAGUGCGUCGCAAUUCUUGUUCUACUCAGCUACUUUGACCAAGGAAGUCACCCAACUCAUUGACCAGGUGUCAAAAAGUCACGACUUGGUCGAUGUGGAAGGUGAGGAAUCAACAGUUCCUAAGGCAAUCGUUCAGACCUACAAAGUGGUUUCAACGGAUGAGAUGAAUGGAGCACUUGGGAAUCCGUCCGUGUUGCCCGUGACUAUUUGUCGCCACCAAAGAUUGUG